AUGCCUUUCCACGAUGAGAACUGGGAGGAGUGGCAGCGCGACUACGACAUCUUUCCAGCCUACAGCGACUAUCUUCUUGGCCCGGAUCUACGCCUCGUAGUCACUCAAGAGCCUGGUUUGCAUCCUUUGAUCUAUCCAACUCCGAUACCGCAACCGAUCCAGUAUACUCGCAACGUGCGGUCGCGAUCUCAGAUACUUCGAAUGAUAACUAGAUCGGGCUUAGCAACGACUACUCUUCCUAGUCAUCAAUCUGCAUUGCAUAGGGGAGAGUCUGGUGACUACCUCGGAAACGACAGCAGCAACAACACAAGGACAUUAAUCGAUCCGCCAAAUUUUCUGCAGCAUCCCCGCACUCUUUCGGGAAUAUAUGAACAAAGCCGACAGCAGCCCCAUAUCUCAACACAGACGCAUUCACACUCUUCCGCUGCCCUAGAGCAAUCUUACGUUCCGUUUUCUCCAGAACAAGCACUGCAGAUGGUUUUGCUUCAGCCCGAUGACACAGUCUGUGAUCCGCGAUAUCAGUGCAUGGAACCCGAGAUGCGUAACCAGUUGAGACGUUAUCUCUCUGGGCUCUGGCAUAUUGCGAACAAUUCUACCGAUACGGGAAAAAAGGCCAAGGCGCUUGCGGAUAUCCGCAACUUCAGUGGAAGAGUUCUUCAUCAUGUCAAAAUCAUAGAGGUAAGUAAAGGCCAACAAUCGCAUCCUCGUAUACCUGCCCACAACCAACCUGAACAAACCGAUCAACAAUUAAGUCCUACGAGCACACAGUCCUUGCACCAGCAAUCAACACAGCCCCAAGCACAAGUUGUUGGAGAGAAUCAUUCCUCGCAAUUGGCAUCUCAAUCGGCAUGGCAGCCCCCAGUUUUGCCGCACACUGAGGUUGUCGCCCCGCAAGUCUCCACUCAGCUGCGUGCGAGCAUCAAUCGUUACGUCCCUCAGGUCUGGUACUGUCUUCGAAUCACUGGAGAUAAAUCCGAGCCUAUAUCCGCCGAUGAUCUACACAGACGAAAUCGUGCGCAGCAAUGGCUCGCAUCAUUUAGGAUGAGUCUGUCUGUUGAGGGUCUCGCCUAUAUCUCAGAGGUUCUCAAGUGGAUGCACAGCGAACAGACUGCAGGAAGAGAUCCGUUGGUAUCUUUUGGGUGCCAACUAGCAUCGGUUCAGGGGUAG